GCGCAUGCCUACAUGUAAACAAUCUUAAUUCCAGUAGCAAUGAUGCAGGCUUUGAGCGUGUAUACUGAUUAUGCGAAAUCUUGCCGACAUUUAGACGUAAUUUUCAUUUAAACGGAUAUACAAUGCCCAGAGGAGGAUACCAGAGUUGCGAAGGCAGUUUAUCGGCCCUGCUAGUAGUCGUGCUGGCACUGGCCUCACUAAUAGCAGAAGGCCUCGUAAUUCCCUCGGAUGGCGGUAUUACGGUGGAGCAGCUGCUGGCAGGGCAAGAUGUCCUUCCACAGGGUGUCAUAUACCUGCAGCAGCAGGGUACAGAUUUCAUGACGGUUGAACUCCCCUCACCAACGGUUGUCCUGGAGGGCAGGGGCGGCACCAUGCCGGAGAGCCAGAUUGGCCUCAAGCCGCCUUCGGCGUACCGUUACAACCCACCAGCCCCUCCCAGCCCUCCAAAGCCACCGUUUCCACCAACACCACCACAAUCUCAGUCCCAACCGCCUAGCCCAGAUGCAACCUUUCAGCCUGCUGAAGCUUCGUACACGGUAUUGGACUUUAACUCUUAUCAUUUUGCUUCAUCAAGUCAUAUCCCGGCAAUUCGUGUGGCAUCAGGACAACAUCUAACCCUCUCAUCCCUGGGUAUAAGCGCAACAAGCGUGCACAAGCUUCUAGGAUCGCGCAAAGGAACAACCCUUUCAUCAAUGUCAACCGAAGUAAUCAUACAAGUUUUAGAAGGAGCCAUUCUGACCCUCAAGAAUGUGACUCUGAUCAUGACCGAAGAUCAACUGAUGCUCUACUUAAUGGGAUUUGGCAUAAAGGCCAGUUCGUGGACCUACACCACGACCGUAACUAUCCGCAACGGUGUCAUCCAGAUAGAGUCCCUCACAACACAAGCUCGAUUAAUAAACUAUCAUACCGAGGAUUACGUCCAUGCCGCGGAUUACAGCUUUGAUGCGUACACAGGCGGCGAGGUGCAGUGGUCGGGUGUGACGAUAACCUGCCCCGGGAAUGAAACUCGCAAUCCUCGUGUGGCAGCAGCUCCGGUGACAAGCAUCUGGCAGCUAGACCAACCAAGUCUGGAGUCGGUGAUUGGCAAGAUGACUUCUGGCAUCCUGUUCCUGUCUGUGGCGGCGGAUUUGGUGCUGCCUGGAGAGGGGAGGUGGCGGCCGGUGUCGCUGCCGGCAUUGGUCCUGGUAGUGCUGCUGGGAAAUCCUGUGAGGACCACCACAUUCGACCUGGCAGGGGUGGAGCGUGCAUGGUACAGAAUGAGCGCCGCGGUUGAUCUUACUUUAGAAACGAUGCCGCCAGUUAUACAGCUGCACGACCUUACAGUUGUUAACUUGCCGCUUGCGACGACACCUGCCAACACAAGCAGCCUGCUGGCUGUAAGCCUGCAGAGUUUUGGCUUUGACAGGGUGACUCCCGGUUCAUCGUCACCCCAGCGCAUCCUCAAGCGCAGUACAAUUGUCGUACCGGACCAAGAGGUUGCCUUCUUGGAGCGGUUGUCCUGGACCAACAGGACCUCCCCUGCGCAGAUGGCAUCGCUGUUCAACGUCUUUGAUGUUCAGGAGCACCAGCUGGCUGGCGUUGCCAACGUUGCCAACAAGCACCGGUUCACUGACAACCCUACCUUGGGUGACAAGCUGACAACCCAAUCCCUUGCACUUCGUGACACCCUCACCCCAGCAGCCCUCCCACAAUGCGCUCGAGGGGCAGCUGCUUGUAAACCAGCUGCGGAUGGGGACACAGGUUUCCCUGGUCAAUUGCACGCUGCUGUCCGCCAGCCGCUACUCGGCGCUUCCAGGCGCCCGGCCGUUGCUGCCACAGUCGCUGUUGUGGGCCCCGGAGCUGCUGCAUGGGGAUGCUGAGACGGCAGCGCAGUGGGGCCCGCUGGGUCUUACCUUGGCUCCCAGCUUUCAGUACGCCCUGUCCAACCUCGACUCGACUUGUGGGCCACUGCCUGGCAAGACCCCCGUCACGGUCAUUACUCGACGUAAUGACCAGAGCGUUCCCGCAGUGCUAUCUGGCGCUGAAGAGGCUGCCAGCUCCAUCCGCAUCUCUAGCGGUGGUCUGCUGGCCCCUGCUGGCGAGUGCGUUGUGGGUGGCUACCCGCAGCAGCUGGGAGGCGGCCGCACCUUUGUGAACCUGCAGGGAGCAAUCGGCCGCGUCAACCUUCAACGCCCCGUCACCCUCCGAAACCUGGUGUUCUACAACCUAGCGCCCGGCGGCAUGUACCCUCUGGACGCCAGUGCUGGGGACGACGACUACAUCAGCGGCCAUGGCAUGCAAGCAAAGCCGCCCCAGCUGAGGGGCCCUGACGCGGCUUGGGCCAACAGCUCGCUCCCGCUCUGGUUCUUUAGCAAGACUGGCAACACCAGCACGACGGACCCACAGGCGCCACGGCUAGCCCUCGAGAAUGUCACUCUCGUGGUUUCAGAGCCCGAGUGGCGUGCGCUAGCCACUGCCGUGCUGCUGCAGUACGUGGGUGUUGUAGCCGAGCGCUCACGUAGGGCGCAGGAGGAGCAGGAGGCAACGCAGCCGACGUAUUGGCGGGCGACAGCUGUCAUGGCAGGAAAGGAUGAUGCGCUUACAGCAGUAGCAUUGGGGAGCUCAACAGAGCCCACUGCUAGGGAGAUGACAGGCGUGCACGGUGCCAAAGCAUCUCAUCGUGUGUCUCGCAAAUUGAAGGGGCUCUUAGGCGGUUCAGGGGGCGUACUCCACUGGUACUAUCCACCGUCACCACCGUCACUCCAGUUAUCCCAGACACCAACUCCGCCACCGCCCCGCCAAACGCCACCUCCUCUUUAUGAACAACCACUAGAGCCUACAGUGAUAGAUCCCCCUGACAGCGUUGCCCAACCCCGGCCUCCACCCCCGAAGCCACCAGUACCCCAACCUCCCCAUCCACGACCUCCCCGACCGCCCCCCUCACCCCCGCCAACCCCACCACCGCCACCCCUACCACCCGGCUCGGACACUCCAGUGACGGCGUUGCUGGCCUUUGCUGCGGCAUCCCAGGCACUGUCCUAUGACUACAAUGCCGGGGUGCUGGUCCUGGCGGCUGCUCAGCACUACGGCUGGGUGGGAACCAACGUGACGGUGACGUACAAGAUGCCACCGGAUGCCCCCAGGACCGCAAGCCUGCUCUUCUACCCGUCAUUUACCCUGCCGUACCAAGAGCUUGCUGAAAUGGACAUCAACAUAUCAGUCAGCACCUUCCUUCCACCACCUCCCAGCCCGCCCACCGCUCCCGCAAACGUUCAGCGCCCGCCACCGCUCAUGGCCCGCCCGACACCGCUUAUGCUAUCAACCGACACAAUGCCCGGGCCUUCUUCAACAGCUAGCACCGGCCCUCCCCCUCCCUCCACCGUCGACCGUCCUGCCUAUGUGGUGCCUGUGGCGAGCUCCCUUUCUGCCUUCUUCGGGCUCCUGCUGCUGUUGCUGACCCUAAUGCUUGUCAAGACGGCAGUUAUGCGGCGCCGGUAUGCGGCCGCUAAUGAGGCUACGAUGGUACCAGCCGGCAAGGACGGGGCUGACGACAUUAGCACUAAACGGCCCGUUAACCGCCUGUCACGCGAUGUGACGCAAUUUGCAGUGGCUGGCGUGACGCAAUUGGCAGCCGCAGAUGUGGGGUUCAGGGGGAAUGCCACAGGUGCCAGCGGUUUCAGCCAAGGCAGCCGGGAUGCGACAUUGAAUGCCUCGGUCGCCAACACGACAGAAUCCUCCGGCAAGCUGGAGCCCGGUAAUUCUGGCAGCCCGGAGGGAACUGGACCUGCUGGCAAACGUGACACUCGGGAAGCCAACCGCCUGAUGCGGCUGAACAACGUGCUGGCAGCAUCCAAGGAAGCUGCUGCUGCUGCCGAGCUGCAGAACCAGGGGAAGCAGGCAAAGGGGCAUGAUGGGCAAGCCAACCCAGGGGACACCCGCAGUAAUGGGAUGGAGGCCCGGGGAUGUGCGGUGGAAGGAGCAGAGAGCUGCCAGGCCCAGCACGUUGGCAUGAGCAAGUCGUACAUCCGUAGCAUGCAGGCCUACUACAACAGCCUUUGCAAGCAGGCCGAGUUAAACACUCGGACAGCGAAUGCCGUUGGGACUCGGGACGUGGAGGCAGCUGAGGCUCUGCUUCAGCCGGAUAGCCCCCCCGCUCAACCCGGCAGCAUGCUCGCAGCAGCUGAUGUACCCGGGACUGUGCGUGCGGCAAUAGAUGCAGCAAGGGCCGAGCUUCAGGAUUAUGCCCUCGAGCUUCAUUCCGUCAUCGCCAUAGGGGCCUCUGGUGUAGUCUACGGCGGCAAAUGGCGGGAUUUGCCAGCAGCGAUUAAGACGCUGGUGGUGCCAGCUACCGUGAUCAGCCUCGUGGGACGUGCACGGCACCGGGCGGUGCUGGAGGCGGCCGUGUCCAUGAGCCUGGCACACCCCAACAUCGUGGCCACUUACACGUACGACAUCAAGGCGCUCGUGCAGAAGCCAGAGCCCGAUGACAUGGCUGCUCCGGUCGGCAUAGCCGCGGCAGGGGACGCUGAGCUGGGCGCGGCGGAGGUGUACAAGCUCUACAUCGUGCAGGAGCUCUGCAACGCGGGCACCCUGCGGGAGGCACUAGAAAAGGGCAUGACAGGCUGUGUUCGUGCCGGCGGGGCAUUCAAGGCUCUUGCGGUGCGUCUCGCUCUGGACGUGGCACAGGGCAUGCGCCACAUCCACUCCUGCCGCAUCGUGCAUGGAGACCUAAAGCCAGAAAACGUGCUGCUGGUGUACGGACCUCAAUCCAUGUCCGAGGAUGAGGGUGCCAACAGGGACGAGCCAUACAGUGCAGGGCUGAUGGCAAAGGUGGCGGAUUUUGGUCUGAGCCUGCCGUUGCCCGAGGGAGCCACACAUGCCUCGGGGCUUUUCCGGGGAACACCCGCAUACAUGGCGCCAGAGGUUUCCACUGGCGGCGAGUUGUCUCCUCGUGCGGACGUUUGGUCGUUCGGGCUGCUGCUGUUGGAGCUCUACUACGGCUGCUCCAUGAGCGCAGUCUUGGCGUCGGAGCUCCCAGCAGCCGGGCACGGUGGCGAGGGUGUUCCAACUAGAGAACCCCUUUUACAGCUACCCCGCCUUCUCAAGGACAUGCUCACCCCUGCUCACCGGCCGUACGGAGAGCUGGCAGCCGCAUGCCUGACUCUGGAUCCCCGGAGUCGCCCUGCCUUCAACGACAUUGUUGAGCAGCUGCGGCAAUUGCUGUGAGGCGGCAGCGAACACAUAACCCGUGGAGCUGUAGGGGCUCUGGAUCUGUAGACUGAGU